UUAGUAAGCGACAUCUUACAAGCGUUUUAAAGAUAGGUGUCAACGUAAUCACAUGACCCGUGGGUGUAUGACCUAGAAUGUAGAAAAAGGGAAACUACAGCCACAGUACAAAAGAAAAGAUGAAAGAGAUUUACAUCUUCCCAGGUGUUUUCCUGCUAGUUCUUCUGAGUGCACAUGCAGAUCCAGGUUGCAAUAAAACUUUGAGCCUCACCGAUGAGACACUAGUCACAGAUCUGAAUGAGACAUGUUCCUGGACUGUGAAGUCCCCAGCCAAGACAAACAUAGUGGUGCAGGUGAGCGUUCUUCAUCUAACGGACCCCAGGGAUUCGAUGUUACUGCUAGACAAAACAGCACUCAUUGCAUCCUAUACAGAGAUGGAUAAAAGUGGAGAUUUAUAUGUGAGUAGUAGCAACUUACUCCACAUAGAGACCAUCUACAACUCCCAAGGACAGUUGCCAAGAAAUGUCACUGUGUCCUUACGACCUCAAGUGAAUGGUGGAAGGUACACCCAGAGUGGUCAAGUGAAGCUAAAUGCCACAAUCAUCCCCAAGAAUGACUCUAACCCUGUCUAUUUCCAAUUGGUGGCCUCCCCUGGACAACAAGUGCAGAUUUUGGUGAAUGAGAGCAAUAUUUUCCCCACCACUACGAUUGCAUUUUAUGAAGGCCUACAACCCAUCUUGGAGAACCUGUUAAUCAGACAAGGAACAUACAACCAGUUUUUCCCCAUCACUUCUAGAUCAGAGUCAAUGUUGAUUGUUGGUGAAAACUUUCAAAACCAGGAGUUUUUCUCUGGAUAUUUUAUCAGUGUACCAAAGGGAUGUGACCAGAUUUUAACAUCACCUACAACAAGUUUUCAGCUGCUGAGACGCAAUAUUGACACCCAAUGUUCUCUUGUAGCCGUUCCCCAAAAUACAGGUACUUCAGGGUUUACAAGCCUCAAGAUUCAGAGUCUGAACUUGUGCAAGAAUGAGACAGUAACAAUAUUUGAUGGUCAUAGUCAGCUGGAUGAGAGAAUAGCUACACUGACCAACAAAAGUUCCCAAACUACCCCUCAAAUCUAUGUCAGAGCUGACAAAGGAUUCAGAAUUCACAUGGAUUCUAUUUAUGCUGAAUGUGCAAAUGAAACAGUGGAACCUGUAGCAUUGUCUGGGGUUUACACUUCAAAGUCUGAUUGUGGAAAGAAGCUGACCUCCCCUGGGGGAACAUUAACUAGCCCUGCAUAUCCUGACUUGUAUCCCCUCAAUGCUAACUGCAAGUGGGAUCUUCCAGUACCAGAAAAUGGUUCUUCUCUAGUUUAUGUUGCUAUGGAAACAGCAGCCUUAGUAUCCAAUCAUGCAUUGAGUCUUCAGGAUGGUACUGGCAAGAUAUUAUGGAAGUUCAUGGGAUCCAAGCUGCCUACUACUGAUGCAGUUGUUCCCCUUAACAAAACAGAGUCUGAGGUAGCAAUGCUUGUGUUUGAUAGCUCAACUACAGGUCAAGGGUUAGACAAGGUCAGCAAGGGGUUCAGCGCCACCUACAAAGUACUCAAAUGUGGAGGAUACAUGACAUCUGAAAAUGGCAGUUUUAGUGUACCUGAGGGAAUUCCCAAGGGGGAGUCCUGUAUCUGGAUCAUCAGUAUCCCAUCUUCUGGAACCAACAACAGCACAAAUAUUGUACAGUUCACACUUUCUGGCCUUCCAAAGUCCCAGAAUUCAAACAUAAUUGUGUUAGAUGGUGGGACAUCCAAGUCUAAAGCUUUUGACUUCACCUCUAAGACGUCAAUGAGUUACCUGACACGUACCAAUGCAUUGUGGGUGCAAAUUACAACACCGGCUAAGCUCACUCUUAAUUACAAAACAUAUGGCUGCUCAAAGAAGGACCUGUGUAAAAAUGGAGUAUGUCUUCACCCAAAUUGGAGAUGUAAUGGUGUAGAUAAUUGUGGAGAUAUGACGGAUGAACAGAAUUGUUCCAGUUCUUCUUCACCAUCAAAGGGAUUGAAAACUUACCUGGUGGUGAUUAUUGCCUUGAUGUGCUUUGCCUUUGGAGUGGUUUUUACGAUUGUUAUUCCAGCGGUUUACAAGCGGUGUCGUUAUCCAAACUACCACCACUUGCAGGACCUCAUGGAGCCAUCUGUCAGUUAAACAGGAGAUUCCUGUGGAACCGUCCAAUAUAACACCUGACAUGCCUCCUUUUUAGUUUCAUUAUCUUUUUAUUUGCAUGUGAACAUUUUUUUCACAUUUGGCUAUGUAUAUCAAGAGCUUUAAUGAAUCAUGAUAUAUUUAAAGAGCAUUAUAUAUGUGUGUGUGGUACAAUAUUCAAACCCUGAGCAACAUUUCCGAUUUGAUUGCAAAGUCACUUUUGUGUGUACUAGGAAUUUGCUUGCUGGAUAGGACUGUGGAUAGCUUUGUUUAUGAGAUCUGUUUCUUGUGCUUCAGUGGUGGCAGAUACAUUCCAAUAAACAAUGCAUAAUACAGAUUUGUACAUAUUUUGUUUGUUUUAUAAUCUUUUUAUGUCAUCUUGUACACUUUCUAAUAUGCUUAAUGUAUUAUGUAGCUGGGUUUUUUCUCUCUCCAAAAUUUUUUGUACUUGCCAUAAAUAUUUUUGUAAUAAUCUUGUUCAGAUCUGAAACAGAUUAUUGAUGUUUACAAGUGAAGUACGUGAUCUGUUUGGCAUUUUCAGUCCAGAUUUUAUUUUUUUGUUGGAAAAUAUUUUCCCAUUUUGAGUUGAAUUUGCUAUUGUGUACGACUUAAUAUUAUCCCACAUUCUGAAAUAGUCAGUGGUACUUUAAAUCUCAGUUUGAAAUACUCGGUGCCAUCUUGUGUUGAUCACUUUGGUGUCAAUGGUAACAAUUUUUAAAACAUUUAUGGGAAAAGUGUGCAAAUGUACUUUUUUUGAGUAGACAUAUUGAUGGCAGUGAAUUUAUAUUAAUUCUAUUACUUUUACCCGUGAUAUCAUGCUAUUGUACUCUUUCAUGAAAGAUUUACCUGCAUAUUUAAGAUAUUUUAAUUAGUAUAGGUAAUAUAGACUAUUUUAUUUAUUAUAAAUGUACAUUGGUUUAUGAUUUCCGACAUUCUAAAUCAGCACAAUUUUGAAAGAUCUCUAGUAAUAUACAUCUGUGGUUUAAAUUAAUUAGCUGAAAAAGUGCUCAAAUCAUUAUACCAUUAAAACAAGUGUGUAAAUUAAUAUUGUUAUUUUCAAAUAAUUGACAUAAAUAUGUCUCUGGUUUUACAAAGAAUUCAUUAAUAUUGAAUGUUCCUAAUGCCUAAUAUGAUGUAUAUGACAAUGCUUGGGUGUUUUUUUAUAUUUUUAAUGGUCGUGCUUUAACAUUGGUAAAUCACAUUAAAGCCUACUUUCAAAAUAAACUUUGAAAGUAGUUGGUUAUUAAAUUUGUUUAUUUAUUUUUGGAAGUAAAAUAUUUAUGAAAUUUUUUGUAUUGAUUUGAACAUUAUUUGUAGACUAAAUGUAAUAGGAAAUUAUGUUGUCAUACUGACAGAAACUUGUCUGCAAAGGCACCUAUUGUUAUACAUGUACUAAUCAUUUUCACGUAGGCUAGGAAUUUAUGCAUUUCUAGGUAUGUGUUAAUUCUAUACAUGUCUUGAUGAGUCUUACCUUGAAAAUUGACUGCAAGACAGAAAUUCUUCUCAUAAUGCCAUGUUCCUCGAUUAUAUCUGAGAUUAAGCCAAUACA